GCGAACCCCACCCCGCACGGCGGCGAGCUGCCUGGCAACAUGAGAGCGAGAACAGGAAGGUCUGCCGCAGCAAAGUGAGCAACCUGCACACUCUGGACAUACAAUUACCGCAGAAACAACGCUCAGCCGCACAAUGGAGGAUGCAGAGAAAGGUGCACAGCAGCAUCCCGAUUCAGUUCCAGAGGUGGGAGAAGAUGCAGUGACGUCUGUCAGUCCUACUUCCCCUCCUCCCGCUGCCUUGACGGAGGAGGAGCGGCAGGAGCUACAAGAGGAGCUAGUCAAGGUGGAAGAUGAGAUCCAGACUCUGUCUCAGGUGCUGGCAGCCAAGGAGAGGCAGUUGGCGGACAUUAAGAGGAAGCUGGGUAUCACACCUCUUAACGAGCUGAAACAGAACAUCACCAAAACCUGGCAGGAGGUCACCACCUCCAAUGCCUAUAGGAGGACAUCUGAAACUCUGUCUCAGGCAGGGCUGAAGGCCACAACAGCCUUCUCUACUAUGGGCUCAGCCAUCAGCCGGAAACUUGAGGAUGUCAGGUUGCAGUCUAUUUCUAGUAUGUUUGGGAAUGCACCAACUUUCAAGUCAUUUGAGGAGAAAGUGGAGACGCUGAAGACCAAGAUGAGUCCAUCAACAUCCACUACCAACCCCGGCGAGCAGGACAGCGGCAUCCCCACCACCGAGUCUUUGCUUGAUCAGCCGGAGGAACCGCCCACCCAGGAGGCCCCGAUGCACUGAGACCUGCCUAACCCCUCCUGACCCCCUCCUCACUUGACCCCCUAACCCCUGGACCGUCAACACUCGUCCCCUAAACUCUUGUGUGCCAGUCUCCCCCUUUUAUUGGAAACAAAUGACUUACCCCAGCCUUCCCUGUGAUCUAAUUGUCUGGUCUUUUUUGUCUGACACGUGCGCUCACUUGUUAACUGGUGUGGAAACUGAAAGCAUGGGAUGGGUGCAGGCAUGUGGUCUCGUGCCGGCCGUUUAUUUUUGAGUCGGCUGUGGCUCGCUGUGGGAGAAAUCCUCCCUGCUGUAUGACUUUCCUUCUCCUCCCGCACUUCUUUUUUUUUUUCUCCUCUGCCUUUGUCUAACCAGCAAAGCUCAGAUGCCAAACAUACUUCUAGGGGUUUUUUUUUGUUUGUUUAUCAAAUUAACACACGGUUUUUGUUUGUUUGAGUGUAGAAAAUUGCACAAAUAUAAAAAGAUUUACACUUUUUAUGUGAACCAGGCAGUUGUUGGCUUAUUGCUUCUGCAUGGCCCUUAUUAUAUACUGGGUUUAUUAUUAUAAGCAUUUGUUUUGUGUGCCUCCAUGUUGGGGCUAUUCUUGGUUUACUUUGGGUUACAAAUCUGAUUUCUUCAUUAUAUUAAUCUGAAGACACCACACAAUCUUAAAGUAGUCUUGACACUGUUUUCACAAUAUGAAUGUAUGCAUUUUUGUGUGCUGUAGGAAGUCACCUACUCCAAAACUGGCAUUUCAAAAACACCUGAGAAUAAAAUCCAUCCCCUUUUUCCCCCCACUGUUAAGAGCCUGGCAAAAUCCGAUGUCCACGCCACGAUAGUUACAGGAAAACAGCCGAGAUCAGCAGAACAGAGACAGAGCAAACACACAGUCGAGGCUCGGCCUUGACCCUGUGUGAGAGUGAAAUAAAUGUGUCUCUUUCAGAGCCAGAGUCAAUAUUUGAACACUUGUCCAUUGUUUCUGCGAGGGAGGUAACACCUAGCCUCCUUGUGCUCUGUAAUACAGAAAAAAAAACAAGGCAAGGCCAAAGAAUAUACUGCUUGGUGUUACUUUGUACACUGACACAGGAUAAUGUAAUGGUGCAAUUUUCCUCUUAAAUUUUGGCUUUGACAAUUUUCUGGCAAUGUGUUCAGACACAAAACAAUCAAAAUCUGCUUGUUUUUAUACAGCCUUGAUAAAGUGAAUCCAAAUUUGGAGAUUUUUAAUUUUUCAGAUAAACCGAAUGAUGAACUGUUCCUUUUAUGGGGUUAGAAAGUUCCUCUGCUUAUUUAGCAAAAUAAACUGAUAAAAUCUUACUGUUAGAAAGUGGAAAUUAAUGUUGUGGAUACAGAGUUUUCACAGGGUGACGCAAUGUCAAAUGUAUGAAUCAUCACAGAAUAAUUUUCUUUACUUGACAAUCUCAUGCUGCAUUAGGCUUCAUAUUAUUAAACUACUGAACAUUUACUCUCAUCAGACACUUUUCUAGUACAUAGUUAUGCAUGACACAGGAGUUUUACAAUCAAUGGAGGUUAAAUAAAACUUGAAGGGCGCUCAGAACCAAUCUGAACACACAAAAGGUUUUCUGUUGGUACACAAAUGGAAGAUGCAGGGAUUCAACAUAUUUCUGACAUUCAUAGUACAAGACUUCCCCUGCUGUUGGACGACUGGCAAAACAUGACACAGUCUUAACCAUCAUUGAUACAAUUUGCCACACUGGCUGAAGAUCAGAACACCAUGUAAGAAGACAGGUCCAGUUAGGGAUAUCUGGUGUUAAGAUCUUGUAUUUACCAACCGUAACACAACGGCGUUUGCUAUUUUGAGUCAGCCAUGACAAGUAAUGAUUUUCUCACAGUAAUACAGUAUCCUAUGUCCUCAUGUAACAUUGCUUUCCAGCCAUGACCUAGAUCACCGAGAGGAUUCAUUACAGCCUUUCUUUAUCUCAGACAUGAGGAUUUAAUCUGUAAUUAGCCAUACAUAUCACACACACACACACAUACACAUAUGAUUUGUUUGGUUCUUAAUUGGAGCAGUGGAGUGGAGAAAUGUACUCUAAUUAAAAAUUACCUCUGAAGUAA